CGCGGCUUAAGCAAAUCUACAAUGGCUUUUGCCAAAGCUCAAAAAACGAAGGCUUACUUCAAGCGUUAUCAAGUCAAGUUCAAGAGAAGGAGAGAGGGUAAGACUGACUAUCGGGCCAGAAUCCGUCUUAUUAAUCAAGACAAGAACAAAUACAACACUCCCAAGUAUCGAUUUGUUGUCCGAACUUCGAACAAAGAUAUUACCGCUCAAAUUAUUUCCGCUAGCAUUGCUGGUGACUUAGUUCUUGCGUCGGCUUAUUCCCAUGAGCUUCCCCAGUAUGGGCUUGAAGUUGGUCUCACCAACUAUGCUGCAGCAUACUGCACUGGGCUUCUAUUGGCUCGACGGGUCUUGAAAAUGCUUGAGAUGGAUGCUGAAUACGAAGGCAAUGUGGAGGCUACUGGUGAAGAUUACUCGGUUGAGCCAGCAGACACCAGAAGGCCAUUCCGUGCUCUCCUUGAUGUUGGGCUUAUCAGAACUACAACUGGAAACCGCGUUUUUGGUGCUCUGAAGGGAGCUUUGGAUGGUGGAUUGGACAUUCCUCACAGUGACAAGAGGUUUGCUGGUUAUGCCAAGAAUGGUCAGCAGCUUGAUGUUGAAGUUCAUAGGAAGUACAUUUUUGGUGGACAUGUUGCUGCCUACAUGCGCACCUUGAUGGAAGAUGAACCUGAGAAAUAUCAAUCUCACUUCAGCGAGUACAUCAAGAAGGGCAUUGAGGCCGAUGAACUUGAGGGGCUAUACAAGAAAGUCCAUGCUGCCAUCCGUGCAAACCCAAUAGCAAAGAAAUCUGACAAGCCACAACCCAAGGCACAUAAGAGGUACAACUUGAAGAAGCUGACAUACGAUGAAAGAAAAGCCCGCUUGGUUGAGCGCUUGAAUGCACUUAACUCUGCAGCAGAUGGUGAUGACGAUGAUGAUGAGGACGACGAGUAAAAAUGAAAAUUAGCAAAACAACUUGAGUUUUUGGUGUCUUCAUCCAAGGAUUUUAUUCGAGUUCUGCUAUUUAUUAUUUUAAGUUUCUUUUGUUGGUCUAGACUUUUUUUCGUCUUUGGAGUGUUAAGUUACUUUAGCUAAUGAUGCAUUUGCUCAUUUUCCGACCUUUAUCACUUUUGAGACACAGCCAUAAUCUCUUCUAAUGCAAAUCAAGUUUUGACUCAA